CUCUCUUUUUCUUUGCUUCUCGCCGCUGCCGGUCGCCAAAACAGGUAAAACCCCUCUCUCGUUCUCUCUUUUUCUUUGCUUCUCGCCGCCGCCGGUCGCCAAAACAGGUAAGCGUGCAUCAUCUCCUCAAAACAAGUUUAUCCUCUGUUUGGUUGCUGAAAAACGGAGGAAAAUUAGUAUGAUGAUGCACGACGGUCCCUUAUUGGAACUGCUAUAUAAGAUUUUCUAAGAGAACCGGAAAUUCAGCCUGAUCCGGAUCGGUAAUUUCUCAGGAUUUAGUUCUGUUGAUUUUUCGUUUGCUUUUUAUGGAGAACAACUGAAAAUACCUGGUUUUUGGUUUUAGUUUCUUUUUAUUUUCCUCUAGUUUGUCCGUAGACAAACCGGGAAGCUGAGAAAAUGCAGGAAAGUAAAAGAGAUAAAAUCUUGAAUUUUCGUUACUCAGGCUGAGAAAGCUAAAACUGCUGUUUAGCCAAGUUUAACUGAAUUGUUUGGCUUGAUUCAGUAACAGAUAGCAUGAUAUUGCAUUUUUUUCCUCCUUCUCUUCCAUUUUCUCCGCUACCAAACGAAGGUUAUUAGAGCUUGAGUGCUGAAUCAGUUUAGUUAAUGAAAUGAUUUACUGGAUUGGCAACAUAUUGGCGAGCUUUAAAAUUUUUAAUGCUGUGACUUUCUUAUACAUUUUUUUUAUCUCUUCUUCAUCAUAUGUUUCAUAGGAUUGCCACCUUUUUUUGGCACUUCCUACUGUGAUUUUGAGCUAUAUUAUUUUCGUCAUGGACCAUGGGCCCAUCGAAUAUCCGAGAUUUAUUAACAACCUUUAGCCCUUCUUUGGACUUCUUUGCUAUCAGUUCUGGAGAUGGACGAAUUAAGAUUUGGGAUACUUUGAAGGGUCAGGUUCAGACUGAAUUUGCAGACAUCAUAUCAACAGACACAACUAAUUUAUACAGCAAACCUGAAAGAGGGCACCUUUCAGUUGAUUAUACUUGCUUGAAGUGGUUGUCUCUGGACAGCAAGAAAAAAAGGAAGCUUCGAUGUUCAUUAUUAGUGCUAGGAACAGGCAGCGGUGAUGUUUUAGCACUUGAUGUAUCUGCUGGUGAGUUGAAGUGGAGAAUUGGUGACUGCCAUCCUGGGGGUGUUAGUGCUAUUUCAUGUUCUACUGAUGGUUCAUGCAUUUAUGCUGCUGGAGCUGAUGGGAUGAUUUCCAAAAUCGAUUCCAGUGCAGGAAACCUAUUGGGGAAGUUUAGAGCUUCUACAAAGGCAAUAUCAUCUAUGUCUGUUUCGUCAGAUGGAAAGGUAUUGGCGACUGCAGCUGCUCAAUUAAAGAUCCUCAAUUCUUCUGAUCACAAGAAGAUACAGAAGUUUUCUGGUCAUCCUGGAGCUGUUCGCUGUAUGAUCUUUACUGAUGAUGGGGAGUACAUCCUAUCAUCUGCUAUUGGUGAGAGAUAUAUUGCAGUUUGGAGAAUUGAUGGUAGCAAAAAACAGUCAGCCAGCUGUGUUCUUGCAAUGGAGCACCCUGCUGUCUUCCUAGAUAGCAGGUGCAUUGACAAUGGGGAUACAGAUAAGUCAGGCUUAUAUGUCUUGGCUAUUUCUGAAAUUGGUGUUUGUUAUUUUUGGUAUGCAAAGAAUAUGGAGGACUUACGUAAUACAAAGCCCACAAAAGUUUCAGUAUCUCUUGAAGACAACUUCUCUAAGAAUCACAAGGGUUCAUUGCCUACAAUAUUUGCUGCGAAAUUACAAGGUGUUGUCAAACCUGCAUCAGGUGAUGUAUUUGUUGCCUAUGGUUCACUAGUAAAGCCGUCAUUUCAGAAAGUCAUAGUGCAUUCUGGCACAGACAUCAAGAUAAACAUCUCCCAGGAUGGUAUCCUUCUACCAAUGGACCAGUCUCAUAAAUCUAAGAAAGGGCUUGGUGUGAAAGAUGGAGUUACUGCUUUAGACCGUGCAAAUGCUGAAGAAGCCUUGCUUCCAAUCCCCAAGAUUUUUGAUUUUCAUGAAAAAAAUAAAAGAUAUCAAAACUCAAAUAUUGACCCCGAUGAGAUAAUGGCUGAUGAUUUGAUGAAUGUCAGGAGUCAAAAUAAGGCUGUGGAAAGCAAAGAUGGCUUGGAAUCAGUUGAAGCUUCCAAUGAAACUUCUUGUUUGGAGGAGCAGCUGAGAUCAUUAGGGUUGCUUGAUAACAAAGAUGAUCUUACAUCCAAUUCAAUGCUUAAUUCUAGAAAAUUUAAGGGUAUCAGUCUUGAAGAAAAUAUGCCUCCAAAGAAGAUGAGGGCAGCUGUUUCGUCUAUAAUACCUGGCGAUGCAUAUGAGUUGUUGAAAGUCUUGGUGACUAUGUGGCAAUCAAGGUCAUGCAGUGGAAACUAUGUCCUCCCAUGGAUUUAUACUAUAUUAGUGAAUCAUAGUCAACACAUAGUAUCUCAGGAACCAGUGACCCAGCUUCUUGAUUCCUUGCACCAGAGCACAAAAUCUAGAGGGACGGCUGUUCAAUCUUUAUUACAGCUAUCAGGUGGUUUGCAGCUUGUAAUGGCACAGAUUGAUAAGGCUUCCCAAAACAUAAGUCAAAUACAACAUGGUCACCAGGUGGAUGAAAGUGAAGAUGAAGAAGAAGAAGUUGAGGAUGUUCUUUAUGGAGAAGAAGAUGAUGAAUCCCAGAUAAGCAGUGAUAAUGAUGACUAACUGUAUCUUACUGCAGAAGGUAUUAAUUCUUUGUCAAGUCAAUAUCCCUUUGCCUUUUUUAUUACUAGGCAUGGGCUUUUGAGUCAUUAGUACUUGAAAAAUACUUGAUGGAGAUUAUCUGAAGCUGUACAAUAUUGUAAGGCCCUGUGUAGACAGGGGGAAUGAGAGGAUAGGAAUGCUAGUUGGAAUUGGGAAUCAAGGAAUUGGAAUGGGUGACUGCUGUUCCAUUACUUCCAUACUUGGAUGCAGACGGAGUCAGGUGGAAUCAGAAUCAUUAAUGGAAAUUGCUGAAAUGUAUGGAGCUUGGCAGAAUUUUUGUCAGAUAUGCAGUUACCUGCCAAGUCAUUAAAAAAACAUGGCACCCGACUACCUUUUCUGACAGUUUAAGAUUUAGCAAGCUGUAGAAUUCUUUUGGCUUUAGAGUUUUUUCUGUUGUAAAAAGAAAUAUUCAUGCAUUUGAGGUACAUUCAGAUUUUGAAUUAGUUUGAGUUAAAGAAUAGAAGUUUUCUUCUUUUAUUA